CUCCCUCCCUCUCUCCACAUUCAGACUCUGUUACCUCCGCUCGCCACACUGAGGUUUUUCCAGCUCGCCAUCGCCACCUUCCUCCAGGGCCAUGUUGUGGUUUCACCGGCUGACCCUUGGCCUCCUGCUGCUCCACCUGGCCGCCGCUCACGUCUUCCUGGACGACCAGGCGGCCAAUCAGGUCCUGAGCCGGCGGAGACGAGCCAACAGCAUGUUCGAGGAGUUCAAACAAGGCAACAUGGAGCGGGAGUGCGUGGAGGAGCGCUGCGAGUGGGAGGAGGCGCGGGAGAUCUUCGAAAACAGAGAGAAAACGGAUGAAUUCUGGGCCAAGUACGUUGAUGGCGACGCGUGCGAGUCCUUGCCCUGCGCUCACGGCGGUCACUGCAAAGACGCCGUCGGCAGCUACAGCUGCUUCUGUCCCGCGGGCUACCAGGGCUUCAGCUGUGAGAUCGUGAUUCCUGAACUCUGCGAGUCCAAAAACGGCGGCUGCAAACAUUACUGCAAAGUGGUCCAAGGACGUGUCGAGUGCUCCUGUACGGUCGGAUACUUCCUGGGAUCAGACGAUAAAACCUGCUACUCCAACCAGACCUUUAAGUGUGGAGCGGUCAUCAGCGCCGACACCAGGACGAUCUUCAGGUACGAGCGACCGAACGUCACACGAGAGAACUCGACCGACUGGAGCUCGACCAACUCCUCCCUCUACUCCUCCCUCUCUGGAAACAUCACCGACCCACAAACGAUGCCAGAAAACGCAGUUCACGAGGAGCCGGUCUAUAGGACAAUGGCAAAGUUGACCCGUAUCGUCAACGGAGAGGACUGUCCACCUGGAGAAUGUCCCUGGCAGGCUCUCCUGCUGAACGAUGAACACGUCGGGUUCUGUGGGGGGACGAUCCUCAACGAGUACAUCAUCAUGACUGCGGCCCACUGCAUGAACCAAUCACGCUACAUCUACGUCAAGCUCGGUGAGUUCGACACGUUGAGGGAAGACGGGAACGAAGCGACGCACCACGUGGAAACUAUCAUCACACACUUUAAAUACAAAGCAGACACGUACAACAACGACAUCGCUCUCAUCAAACUCACCAAACCCAUCAAGUUCUCCAGGUUCAUCCUGCCGGCCUGUCUGCCCGAGCAGGAGUUCGCUGAGAAGGUGCUGAUGCGGCAGCCGGACGGCAUGGUCAGUGGCUUCGGACGCACUAGCGAGCGUGGGCCUGCGUCCACCAUCUUGCAGCGCCUCUCGUUGCCCUUCGUGGAUCGGCUCACCUGCAUCGAAUCCACCCGGUUCCGCAUCUCCACCCGCAUGUUCUGCGCCGGAUACGACACCAUCGACAAGGACUCCUGUCAAGGUGACAGCGGCGGGCCGCACGUCACGCCCUACGGCGACACCUACUUCGUCACCGGCAUCGUGAGCUGGGGCGAAGGCUGCGCACGCAAAGGGAAGUACGGCAUCUACACGCAGGUGUCCAAGUACAUCCGCUGGAUCCGGGUGGGGAUCGAUGAGCUGAUGCCUAAAGAGCCGAGUGGCCGAAGAGUGAAGAGGCAGCGCGGCGCCAUCAAGAGGCUGCGCCUGUAAGACGAUCCCAGAUCCCCGAUCCCCGAUCAACGAUCCCCGAUCAACGAUCAACGAUUCCUCAUCUUCAUCGCACAUCUUCAGUGAGCUCCACUGAGCAGAGGUCAGCCUCUCGUUGCUCCUCUCGUGUUCUCGUCCAUUUUACAUUCAAGACGUCUCAACAGUCGUGUUCGAGUUCCAAGAAAAAAACGUUUCAUCAUUACCGAUAAAUCUUAAAGCUUUAAACUAAUUCUUGUGGCCACUUGGGGGCAGCAUAGUAGCUCAUACGGCAUAUUAUCACGUUACUCUAAAUAGUGUCUGACAUGUUAACAAAAUGUUUCCAUAGCUAGAAGUCAUGUGACAAUAUCUGCAAAUCUGCAAUGACUGAUUUGUCCACUUAUGCAAAAGUUAAGAUUUCACCGACGACCAAAUCCUGAGGGAAAUAUGGACUUUACUGUCGGCUGUUUGGUAAAAGAUACAAAAACGAUCUGAGCAAGUUUAAAUUGAACAGUUUCCUGAUUUGUAUUAUUUAAAAAAUGUCUCUGAGCAGAAAGAAAUGAGAAUAAAAAUAAACAACGUCUGUUUUCAUGUGUUUUUUAUCCAGAAAUUAAUCAGAAGCAAAUAAAGAAAAAUGACAACAUCAA